CAGUCCAUUGCUUUCGCAUCUCUGUCUGCCAUGUCUGCCACAGUCGUCCCCGGUACUGCCUCUGGAAUCGAGAACUCGACGAAGGACUCCACUCACGCACCUAAGCACCCGCUGGAUCCGCUGACGCCAGAGGAGAUCGCGGCUGUCUGCCUGGUCGUUCGCCAUCAUACGGCCAAUAUCCCGGACAUCAAUGCCUUGAAGUUCAUUACUUGCUCUCUUCUUCCUCCGCCGAAGCGCCAGGUCCUUGCUCACCUGGGCAUUCCGCUGACCCCUGGCGGUAAACCUGAACCGGCCACCCCUAUCAUCCGCCGGGCUGAAGUCGACUUCCUGGAACUCGCUGCGGGAACCGCUUACAACGUGGUAUUGUCGCUCGGCGAGGGUCAAUGGAGCGUCGAUGCGCUUGAUCGCCUGCCUGAGGGGACACAGCCACAGAUUUCCGUUCAGGAACUUGUAGCAGCUGAGAAGACGGUUAAGGCAGACAAGAGGGUCCAGCAGUUGGCGAAGGAAGUUGGCAUCGAACCUGACCAGAUAGUCUGCGAUGGCUGGUCCAUUGGUUACGAUCCUCGUUUCCCUCAGCAGGAGCGCGUGCAGCAAGCUCUCGUAUUCGCCAGAUUUGGGGAGCACGAGAAUCUUUACGCGCAUCCGAUGGACUUCAUACCUGUUCUAGAUUCCAACGCGGAGAAGGUCCUUCAUAUCGAUUUCCCACCGCGUUAUACAGCUUCCGCCAAUGGUCCUACACUUUCGGUACCCACGACUGCGCCGGGCGAACUGGGCGACGCGAGCGCAGGCCUUGCGGCCGCCAAGCGGGAACGCAUCCCUCCUCCCAAGAAGGCCUUCGACUUCCUGCCAGACCUAAUGGAGAAGUCAGAGCCCGACUUCAAGCCACGCGAGGGUUUGAAGCCGCUACACGUCCUCCAGCCUGAGGGCGUCAGCUUCAAAGUGAACGGACACGAACUAGAGUGGCAGAAUUGGAAGAUGCACAUAUCGUUCACCCACCGCGAAGGCAUUGCUCUAUCGACCAUCACAUACAAUGACAAUGGAGAGAUCCGUCCCAUUUUCUAUCGCCUUUCUCUCGCCGAGAUGGUUGUGCCCUAUGGCGCGCCGGAGUUCCCUCAUUCGCGCAAGUUCGCUUUUGACUCGGGCGAAUAUGGGAUGGGUACCAUGGCCAACGAACUUUCUCUUGGCUGCGAUUGCCUCGGACAGAUUCAUUACCUUCCCGGUUCGUUCGUGGCGAACGACGGCAGCGCAAUCAUCAUCAAGAACGUGAUAUGCAUCCACGAAGAGGACAAUGGCGUGCUCUGGAAGCACAGCGAUUACAGACCCAACGGCCGGUCGCAUACUGCCCGACGCCGGCGCCUUGUCGUCAGCAUGGUCUGCACAUUGGCAAAUUACGAGUACAUCUGGAAUUACCAUUUCUACCAGGAUGGUAGCAUCGAACUCGAGGUUCGACUCACCGGUAUUCUGCAAGUCUAUGUCGGCGCAGACGGCGAGCCGAGUCCUCACGGCACCUGGGUCGCCCCGAAUGUCAACGCGCACUAUCACCAACACAUGUUUUCUGUCCGCGUCGAUCCCAUGGUGGACGGCCUGCAGAACUCCGUAGUGGAGACGGACGUCGUUAUGUCCGACGCACCGACUGGGUCCGCGCAGAACUUCGCUGGCAACUCAUUCACGACGAAAGAGUCUCUUAUCAAGCAGGAGGGCUCCCGCCAGUACGAUCUCGCCGCGGACCGUCGUUGGAGGAUCGUCAACUCCGGCCGGAAACAUUACAGCAGCAACGCGAACGUUGGGUACAGUAUCGGCAUGAAGGGCGGCGUCGUCCCAUCCUUUGUACGUGAUGACGGAUGGUGCGCGUCUCGCGCCGGCUUCGUCAAAGCCCCGCUCUGGGUUGUGCGGGAUGUGGAGGGACCGAAGGGAUCCAGGAUGUGGCCGUCUGGCAAGUAUGUGCCGCAGACUAGGACGACACCGGAAGACUCUCUGGAGAAGUGGUCCAAAGGAGGACAGAGCGUCGAAGACGAAGACAUUGUGGUCUACGUGACAAUCGGGACUACCCACAUCCCGCGCCCUGAGGAUUGGCCUGUUAUGCCUGUGGACCAUCUCAACGUCACCUUCAAGCCGCAGUCGUUCUUUGCGAAGAACCCCAGCAUGGACGUCCCCGCCGCGAAGGACACUCACAGCGUCUCUGCUUUUUCGAAUGAACGUGGUUCGCUGAGCAGCGGCAAUAUCGGCUCCUCGGGCCGCACUGUGAUCUCGGAAUUCCCUUUGUUCUUGUCCAAAACAGUCAUCAUGGCCGACGCAUUCGAUCUUGAGGCCCUCGUGCACGUCGAACAGGACUUCUACGACUCCGGCUUCAAGGAUGGUUUCGAUCAUGGUCGGAUACAUGGCCUCAUCGAGGGACGCGCGCUGGGCCGUGAAAAGGGCUUUGAGAUGUGGGAGGAGCUAGGUUUCUACGAGGGCUUUGCUUUGAUGUGGCAGGCCGUAUAUACACAUCAGGGUCGCACCGAUGACCGCGCGAUGAACCACAUCAAACAUCUGCUCAAUCUCAUCUCGCAUUUCCCUCGUGUCAACCCAUCGAUUUCAGACAGCCCGUCUCAGGUGGACAUCCCAAAACUGUUCCGACAGAUACGCUCCCGGUACAAAGCACUUUGCGCCACCCUGGGCGUCCGACCCAGUUUGCGUGCCGCGUCUACCGAGGGCACUCCUGAUGGCGCGGAUAGUCCUUCAGAGGACAUGGAGAGUGCACCUGCGAAAGUACCUCAAGGCCCCAUUUGGAGCGUCAACAGCAUUGACAAGUCGUCUGCUGGCGUGGAAAUCAGUCUUUAAAAGCCCCGACGCUGGGCGAUUAGGAUAUCGUUCACAUCAGCCGCCAGGACGCGUCCGGCCCUUCGAGACGCUUUCCCGGAGGAAGGCGGAUGCGGCCCUCGACAGUGGAGAUUGCUGCAUCCCCCGUUUACCAGAGACCAGAGCGCUUGCGUAUGGCUUGGUACGCCUGACAGGAUACAGGUUUUAAGUUCAGCGGGCAGACACGCCAGGUCUCUCGUAGGCACUAACAUGUAAUGUCCGCCUGUGAAGUACAUGAAGACAGCUGUGUCGGACUAA